UGCAAUUGGAUCUAACUGAAAACAAAAAAAGGAAAAGGAAUCAAAUGGAGGGGCAGGCGCAUCCAUACUUGCCGAGAGAUCUGAAACUGCCGGGAUAUGUCCCUGGAGCUCUCUCUCAGUCCACUAUUCUUUCCAUCUUCGGAGCUUCUUCUCUUCUCAUCGUUUCUCUCGUCUGGCUUCUCUCUGCACGUUCGCGCAAGCUCUCAAACUGUGAUAGAUUGGUUAUGUGCUGGUGGGCUUUCACCGGUGUCGUCCACAUUAUCCUAGAGGGUUAUUUUGUUUUCUCUCCUGAGUUCUACAAGGACAAUACUUCUUUUUACUUGGCUGAAGUUUGGAAAGAGUACAGCAAAGGUGAUUCUAGAUAUGCUGCAAGGGAUUCUGCAGUCAUUGCUGUGGAAGGAUUAACUGCAGUCUUUGCUGGUCCAGCUAGCCUUCUAGCAGUCUAUGCUAUUGCUGCUGGGAAAUCCUAUAGAUACAUACUUCAGUUUGCUGUUUCUUUAGCGCAGCUCUAUGGAACUGCUAUAUACUUCUUAACUCCAUACUUGGAUGGUAUUAGCUAUACAUCAAGUCCAUUUUACCAUUAUGCAUAUUAUAUCGGCGCAAAUGCCUCAUGGGUUGUCAUACCAUCACUCAUUUGUAUACAUUGCUGGAAGAAGAUUUGCGCACCAGCUCAAGUACAAGCCCAGAAAAAGAGCAAACGUGGCUGAGUUAGCCACGGCAUCUAACUUUAAGGCUCCAAUGAGAACAUUUAACUCGGUGAUGCUUUCCUUAUUUGCUUUUCAUUAUUUAAUUGUGCAAUCACUUAUGUAGUCUUGAUUCUUGAAACAACAAUUGGGUCUUGGCAAUUUGCAAGAUGCUAUCUACCCUUUUUCUUUUGCAACAAAUAAUGAACUAGAUUUGAUGGCUUGCAAUUCUGUGUGCCAUUUAUGAAUAGAAUAGCUUCACUUGCUAUCUAAA